AUGAUAAGUGAAAAUAUUCGUUUGGUUACCUUUAAAAUCAACGAAGUUAAUUUCAAGCCAAAUGUGAACUCAGAUACCAUUCCAAAGCUCUGCUAUACUUUAUGUGACCCCAUAACGUCUCAAGUCAUCUUUUCAUCAUUUGCUUUUGAACUAUCAGAAGUCUCCAGCCUUGCUCCUAUACACUUGCAGCCAGAUAUUUCCAGCUCUUUAAUCCUCAAUAUUUAUAUGAAGACUUAUGAUGAUCCCAAACUACUGGGCUCGGAGGCAAUCGACUUAAUCAGAAAUAUCCCUCUAAAAACUCAAUUAAAUUUCCCUAGCGAAUAUGAUGAAAAUUUUAACAUCGAAAUAGAAAUAAGUGAGAAAGAAAGUCCUGAAAAUCCAUCAGAAACUAUUCAAGAAAAUGGUGAAAUGGCACAAGAAAAAGAAAAAUAUGAGAUUCUACAAAUUGAGAAAGUAAAUGGAAUUGAUGAAAAUUCGAAGGAAAAUGAAAAUAUGGAUAUUAAUGAAAUAAAAAACCAGGAAAAAAUAAAUGAGCUAGACUUAAAUGAAUUAAAUAUUAACAAAGAAAGUAUAGAGGAAAAUGAAAAUGAGCAGGAAAAGAAUGAAUUAAAUAUUGAUGAAGUGAGCAAGCUAGAAAAUAAAAACGAGCAAGAAAUAAGUGAAUUAAAUACUGGUGAAGAGAAUAAGCUAGAAAAUAAAAAUGAGCAGGAAAUAAAUGAAUUGGGAAUUGUUCAAGUAAAUAAUCAAGAAAAUACAAAUGUGCAGGAAAUAAAUGAAUUUGAUAUUGAUCAAAUGAAGAAUCAAGAAAAUAAAAAUGAACAGGAAAUGAAUGAACUGCUUAGAAUCUACGAAAUUGAUGAUAUAAGCAAUAUAGCUGAAAAAAUAGAAGAAGCUAAAGAGGAAGUUUUAUUUUACCAUAAGAGAAAAAAAUUUAAUGAAGAGGAAAGCGCAAAAAAUAAAUUAAUAGAUCUUGAAAGAUUGCUGCAAUUGUCUGAAGAAAUAAAAGCAGCAAAAGAAAAUAAAGAGCUUAAGCAAAAUGAAAGCGCUUUUGAGGAAGAAAAUUUGGAAGAGGAAUUGAAAAAAGGAUUAAUCAAGUUCAAUAUUAAAAAUCCUGAAAACAUAGAAGAAAUGAUAAAUAAAACGAAAACAAGUAUUUCACAUUAUCUAAACAGCGAUAAAAUAGACAAAGCAAACAGUAAAAAGAUCAUUCUCGCUGAUUUAGAAAAGUUGCUUUGCAUAUAUAAGCGAAUUAAUUUGAAAACUAUGAUAACUAUAGAUCCUAAGGAAGCUGAAAAUCAAAAAAAUAUAGACUUCCUGGAAGGAAUGAUAAACCAUAUAUCUUCUAUCCCAUAUUGCAUGGAAAGAUUUCUCACGAGUAUUUUGUGUUUUGCCUACUAUAAAGUAUAUAAUUUGGACGAAGCAGAAAAAGUAAAUUAUACUUUUAUCUUUUGCAUAAUUAUAAAAUAG